AUGUUGAACUAUUUUUGUAAUCUGUUCAGGAUUGUGGCGAUAAACAAAAUAAGUUUGCCAACGAACUGCGGUGUUCUUACGAGCAAGUUAAUUUCUAUCGAAUAUCCGACUUGGAAGAACGUACCAGGGAAUGAAAAAGAUAACUUAUCGAUCAUAAAAAAGUGUUGGAAUAUUUGUGAUGAUAAACGCAAAACAAAUAUGCUUAAGACUUACAACGAGAAGUGGAGAUCAUUCAAGAAGAGGAUUGCAUUGCAAAAGUUUAAUGAGAUGAUAUCAUCAAAGGAAUUCCAGAUAAUAAGUGAGAAAGCAAAGAUGAGUUUAUGCGAUAAAGGCUCCCUCAGAAGAAAAGUGCAUAUAAGUAAGAAUGGAGGAUAA